GACUGCGCGCUCAUUCGCAGUUCGUAUAUGUGAAUAUGUGUAAAUAUUAUAUUAAAUUGUGUAUUAAGUAUCAAAAAUACAAAAAACAGAAGACAAAGUUGAAGAGAAGACCGGAGUCGUGACUUCUGACAUCAUUUCCACGUUGUGUUCAGAAAUGCAUAGAGGGAGUAGUGCGCGCGUAAAUUGAUGCUAAGCGAGGCGGUAGAAUCGGUGGACGGUGAAUGUGAAUGCCUCAGUUGUAAAUUGAACAGCGAAGUGUCCGUUUCGUCGUUCGUUUCGUGUGCCAAUUAUUUUUUUCUGUUCUACUUUACCUGUGCAUAUCUAAAUACUUUUGGAUUAUCGCGUGGAGAACUGUAACAAAAUACAGAAGCAUGCUGGUUGCUUGGAGCUUAUUGAAUACAUGGAAUUAAAUAUACUUACAACUAAAUCCCAGAAACGUGGAAAUAUCUUUGAAGGAAUGUAAAUAGAUGCUGCUGCAUAUUGUUUGGAAUUAACUUAAGUCAGAAUGGAUCUAUUGAUUUAUUUGUUAGCUGUUCUUGCAGCUUUUGAAGCAGCCGAUGCUCUGGAAGGGCCAAAUAUUUGUACAAGACAAGAAACUUACAAGAUAACGGUGAGGGUAUCGGAGGAGCAGCCUUAUACAGUCCGAGAGUACACUUGGUGUCUCAGUUUUCCACCACGAUGCUCCAAAUACAAAGUAGUAUUCAAGACCGUCUACAAGGAACAGGAAUUAACGAAGCAAAGACCUAUGGAAGAAUGUUGUAAGGGUUACACAGAAACCACUGACGGCGAUCGUUGCAUUCCUGUCUGCUCCGAGGACUGCGUUCAUGGCAUUUGUACUGCACCUGAUGUCUGCAAGUGUGAGUCAGGAUACGGAGGACCAUUAUGCGAUUACAAGUGUCCAUCAGGGAAAUGGGGCAAGUCUUGCGAGAAAGACUGCAUGUGCCAAAAUGGGGCCAGCUGUGAUCCAUUCGACGGCAAGUGUGAGUGUACCAGAGGCUGGACCGGUGAUUAUUGCGAUCAGAAAUGUUCUCCUGAUCGAUAUGGACAAAACUGUGGCGAAGAGUGUCGUUGUAGAAACGGUGGAAGUUGCCACCACAUUUCUGGAGAAUGCCAUUGCGCUGCUGGUUAUACAGGACCUCUUUGCGAUGACUUUUGCCCACCUGGUAAACACGGCGACGAGUGCAAAUCGGAGUGCAAGUGCCAGAACGGUGGAUCCUGUAAUCCUACAACAGGCGAAUGCUAUUGUGCACCUGGAUGGACGGGUUUAGUUUGCGCCAGUCGCUGUCCAGAAGGUUUCUGGGGGAAAAAUUGUUCUCAGACUUGUGAUUGUUACAAUAAAGCUGGAUGUCAUCAUCUUACUGGUAAAUGUGAAUGUAAACCAGGCUAUUAUGAUGAAAAAUGUUUGCAACUGUGUCCCGAAGGAAAGUUCGGUUUAAACUGCACAAGUAAUUGUACUUGUGAAAAUGGAGCAGCUUGUUCUCCCAUUGAUGGUACUUGUACCUGUAAUCCUGGUUGGACCGGUGAAAAGUGCAAUAAACGUGCUUGUCCAGAUGGAUUCUGGGGAGCUAAUUGUACAAACGUUUGCCAGUGCGACGAUGAGAAUACAAAUCUCUGUCAUCCCUGGACUGGAAAAUGCAUUUGCAAGGCUGGAUGGGAUGGCGAUACCUGCAGCAGACCUUGCCCUUUUUAUACAUAUGGAAAGGGUUGCCUGAAUCGUUGUAACUGCAAGAAUAAUGCACAAUGCUUGCCUGUUAACGGGACCUGUAUCUGUGCUGCUGGAUACAGAGGUGAGGAUUGUAGCGAAAUAUGUCCUGACAACACUUACGGCGAGAAUUGUGCACAAAAAUGUGUCUGCAAGAACGGUGCCACUUGUUCACCGGAGAACGGCCGAUGCAACUGUACAGCAGGAUGGGUUGGUGUUUCUUGUGAUCGUCCCUGUGACGACAAAUCGUUUGGGAAAAACUGCGAGGGCAAGUGCAAGUGUUUUAAUAAUGCCGCCUGCAAUCCUCAAAACGGCACAUGCACGUGUGCAGCUGGCUUCACCGGCGAAUUUUGUCAAGAUCAUUGCAAAGAGGGAUAUUUUGGAUUGGGAUGUACCCAGAUCUGCGAUUGUCACGAAGAGAAUAGUUUGGGCUGUGAUCCUGCCACGGGUCGUUGCACCUGUAAGCCCGAAUGGCGAGGAAUCCGCUGUGAAACCAAGUGUCCUGAAGGUCUUUACGGCAGUGAUUGUCAUUCGCACUGUGACUGCAUGAACAAUAGCUCGUGCGAUCCUGAAACUGGCACAUGUAUUUGUGCUAGGGGUUGGGAAGGAUCCGAUUGUUCGCAGCCAUGUAAUGAAGGCUGGUACGGUGUAGGCUGUAAAGAGAAGUGUCCAGAAAAAAUGCAGGAUAAUAUGACUUGCGAUCACGUCACCGGAGAAUACGUUUGUCGUCCUGGAUACUUGGGUCUAACUUGUGAGCAUCCUUGUCCUCCCAAUCGCUAUGGAUUAAACUGUGCUAAUCAUUGCCGCUGUAAAAAUGGUGGAGAAUGUCAUCAUGUAACAGGUGUGUGCCAGUGUCGACCUGGUUGGAAAGGAGAGCACUGUCAAACACCCUGUCCAGAAGGAACAUAUGGUAUAAAUUGUAGUCAACAUUGUACAUGUCAAAAUGGAGGAAAAUGUAGAUCUAACGAUGGUCACUGUCGUUGUACGCCUGGUUGGAUAGGUACCAAAUGCACUGAAAUCUGUCCAGAAGGAUACUACGGUGAUCACUGUAUGGAACCUUGCAAUUGUAAAAGUGAUUUCUACACUUGUCAUCCUGCCGACGGUUGCAUUUGUAGACAUGGAUACGGAGGACCAAAUUGUGACGAAGAACUAUUUUCACGGAACGUUCAAGAGAAAGAUGAUGGUGGAUAUGGCAGUAUAGUAGCAGGAUUCUUAUUCGCUGCAAUUGUUGUCAUUGCUAUGAGUUUAGCAGGUUGGAUAUAUCACAGGCGCAGAGUAGCUGAUCUUAAAAACGAAAUUGCCCAAGUACAUUAUGUCGCUGAUCCCCCUUCUCCUCCAGAACAAACUCAGUUUGACAAUCCGGUGUAUGCCUAUCAAGGCUCCUCUAAAUUUGAUGAUGGAACAACUACUUUAUUAAAUAAUUUCCAAUUUAGAAAUAAUCUAGGGACAAGCAAGAAAAUAAAUAAUGAAAAAGCUAAACUGGGACUGAAUAGCUGUACUGAUGAUGACGAUGAUUGUAAAGGAGCAUAUAAUCGAUACGAUCUGAAGAAUCGAGAUGCUGAUAUGGGAAAUCCAAAUCUUAACGUAUACCAUAGUAUUGAUGAAAUGGAUGGGAAAAAGGUUGAGCACGUUUACGAUGAAAUUAAACAAAAUAAUGAUGAAUCAGAGUACGAUCAGUUGGAUAAUCCAAGACCUGUUAGCGGUUAUAAACAAUUCACUCGUGUGCCGAAUGGUUUUUGCUCGAAAUCGUCCGACAGCGCAGGGCCUAGUAGAUCAAAGGAUAAAGAUCCAGAGCUUGGUGAAACUUAAAUUCUUCUCAUUCUUUAUGAAUUCAGGUUCUUAAUUUAAACAAAAAAAAAAAAAAAAAAAGUGAUUUA